UGAUAUUUUUUUGACUUGGGAGAAUAUAUAGUCAUAAAGGAUUGAUUUUCUACAGACUUUUAUCUGAACAGUUCAGCUUUUUUGAUUUGCACUAUCAUGGAAGUGCCACCGUGCUCUAAGAAGAGCCUGUCCCUCUCGCUGCCGGUGCCGCGGGAAGGUCAGGCGACCCUGAAGCCUCCUCAGCAUCUCUGGAGACAACCGCGGACUCCGAUCCGGAUCAAACACCGCGGCUACUCCGACACCGACCGCCAUCAUCACCCGCACAUGGAGCGCGCCGACGCCAUGGACACGAGCGACCGGCCCGGUCUGAAGAAAUCCCGCAUGUCCUGGCCAUCCUCCUUCCAGGGUACUACAAGCACAUCCACCGGGAACUGUGCUGGGAACAAACGUUUCGAAGGUGAAAAUGGACCGUCUCCCGGCCGCAGCCCAAUGGAUUUGCAGGCGAGUCCGGGGCUGGUGCUCCAUCCCUCCUUCCCACAGAGUGGCAGGAGGGAGUCUUUCCUCUACCGCUCCGACUCCGACUACGAUAUGUCACCGAAGACCAUGUCCCGCAACUCCUCCAUCAACAGUGAGGGCCAUGCUGAGGACCUCAUAGUCACCCCUUUUGCUCAGGUGUUGGCCAGUCUCCGGACUGUCAGAAGCAACUUCACCAUUCUUGCCAACGUCACAUCGCCUACUGACAAGAGGUCGCCAGUUACGAGCCAAUCUACAGUUCCACCAGCAACGCUCUCUGAAGAGACAUACCAACAGCUGGCCCGGGAGACCCUGGAGGAGCUGGACUGGUGUUUGGACCAGCUGGAGACCAUCCAGACACAUCGCUCUGUCAGUGAGAUGGCCUCCAACAAGUUUAAGAGGAUGCUAAACCGGGAGCUGUCUCAUCUGUCUGAGAUGAGCCGUUCAGGGAACCAGGUGUCUGAGUACAUCUCUACUACCUUCCUAGACAAGCAAAAUGAAGUGGAGAUCCCAUCCCCGACGUUGCGGGAGCGUGAGAAACCCAUGUGCCAUAUCAGUGGUGUGAAGAAGCUGACACACAGCUCCAGCCUGACCAGUAAGGCUCUGCCACGAUUUGGGAUCAAGACUGAGCAUGAGGACUCACUGGCCAGGGAGCUGGAUGACUUGAAUAAGUGGGGCCUUAAUAUUUUCCAAGUGGCUGAGUUUUCCAAUAACAGACCUCUGAGUUGCAUCAUGUUUGCCAUCUUCCAGGAGCGUGAUCUGUUGAAGACAUUUCGUAUCCCUGUGGAUACAUUCAUUACCUAUGUGAUGACACUAGAGGAUCAUUACCACGCCAAUGUGGCCUAUCACAACAGCUUGCAUGCAGCUGACGUCACGCAGUCCACACAUGUGCUGUUAUCAACUCCGGCACUGGACGCUGUCUUCACUGAUCUGGAAAUUCUGGCUGCGUUGUUUGCUGCUGCCAUCCACGAUGUGGACCAUCCUGGAGUUUCCAAUCAAUUUCUCAUUAAUACCAAUUCAGAGCUGGCUCUGAUGUAUAAUGAUGAGUCAGUUCUAGAAAACCAUCACCUAGCUGUGGGUUUCAAGCUCCUCCAUGAAGACAACUGUGACAUCUUUCAGAACCUGAGUAAACGGCAACGCCAGAGCCUGCGCAAGCUGGUUAUCGACAUGGUACUGGCAACAGACAUGUCCAAGCAUAUGAGUUUGCUGGCUGAUCUAAAGACCAUGGUAGAGACUAAGAAAGUGACAAGCUCAGGAGUGCUACUGCUUGAUCAUUACACUGAUCGCAUACAGGUUCUGAGAAACAUGGUGCACUGUGCUGACCUUAGCAACCCCACUAAGCCUCUGGCAGUGUACCGGCAGUGGACGGAGCGCAUCAUGGAGGAGUUUUUCCGGCAGGGAGACAAGGAACGUGAACGUGGGAUGGAGAUCAGCCCCAUGUGCGAUAAACACACUGCAUCUGUGGAAAAGAGUCAGGUGGGCUUUAUUGAUUAUAUCGUGCACCCUCUGUGGGAAACAUGGGGCGACCUAGUGCACCCUGACGCUCAGGAUAUCCUGGACACCCUUGAGGACAACCGGGACUGGUACCAGAGCACUAUCCCCCAGAGCCCCUCACCCCCUCCAAUCACUGACAAUGAGCUUGACUCCUGCACAAACAAGUUUCAAUUCCAGCUUACCUUGGAAGGUGAGCCAGCUGAGGAGGCUGGACCCAACCACAAUCAUAUAGGUGGCACUGAGCAGGAGGUGCCAAAGGAUCUGAAUGAAGAAGAGAAUCCUGGGGGAGGACAUGAUGACGGUGGUGGAGAGGAGGCAGUGGCAGCAGAGAGGGGGGGGAGAAGGCGACUGCAGGUUCAGUCAGUGGUGGAGGAAGAAGAUGAGGAAAGACAUUCAGAUGGGAGUCCAAUAGAGGAGGCAGAGGACGAAGAGGAGUCAUCUUUCUCCCCUGCUGACGAUACGUGAGGCUCAGUAGCUGUCAGGAAUAAUGCAGGAGUGCAGGUGGUCCCACAAGUACUUUCUUUUUCUCUGUACCUUACCCUCUACUUCAUGGCCAUACCAUGAACAAAACAAUAUUUCUGCACCAACUCAAUAAAAUGAUUAAUUUUAUUUUUCCAACAAAAAAAAGAGGAAAGAAAAUAAUAU